AUGAGUGGUAAUGCUGCCGCUCAACCUGUAACAGGUACUGUUUCACCCUCGCUCAUGCGACCUGUGACCGUCGCAUCCUUAUCAGAUCUGAAUUCUGACACUCUUUUGACUCUAGGUUCCGAUGUCAACAACGCCACAUCCGAAAAGACACUACAGAAUGCGCUGAACAUCCCACCUCGUUCGACCUCACAACAACCAACUACAACAUCGGCGCCUCCCACGAAUCCUGACCAUACGAGUGAACCCCCUCCAAGCCCACGUCGCGGAUCGAAACGUAGCCUGAUCAGUCGGAGUAGACAAGGAAGCAGAAGCAGUCGAAGGUCUGCGCGUAAUGCUGCGAAAGCUUUAGAGUCCAGGGAAAAUCCACCUGCUGUGCCGCAAAACAAUGUCGCCCGUCCUGAACGUAAGCAGAAAUCUGGAGGGUUUCUAUCCUUUCUAAACUGCUGUCGAGCUGAUGAAGACUCGGAUACCCUCAAGUCAGAAGAACCUGAUGUACCAGCCAAGCAAAGGAAGAUUGAGCCCACCCCACAACGAGCUGCUAUUCCAGAUGAGCCUACUGAACCUGUCAUGUCCGAGAAGACGAGGGAACAAGAGCCCCAGCAUGCCGAGAAGCUCGAUCCCCCGACAAUAGUGGAUGAGAAACCUGUACUGUCGGAAAAGUCAAGACAAGACUCCCGGCCGCGAGUUGGCAGGAACGAGAUAUCUCACGAUAAGCCUGACGUUACUGCUGUACCAUUAUCUGGUUCAUCUGACCUGCCAGUGUCCCAAUCCGAGUCUUCGUCACAGCCUGAAAGCAGUCGACAGGCUGACACUCUUUUCCAUGAUCAAGUCACCGCUGCCCAACCUCAGACUGUUGAAGCAAUUCGACCAGACCAGCAACCUCAAUUGCAAUUUCCUCCACCUCCAAGAGAUGACCGACGAGAUCUCGACACUGACAUGGUCGAUGCGCCCAUCGUGCCACCUGUCGAGGAACAACACGUUGUAGAUGAGCCGAUCCAACCACACGAUGUCGUCCCUGUACCCUUACCCCCACCUCCACCACCUCAGACACGCAACAGGCAGGUCAUGGCAAACCAGACUUCCACCGAUGUGCCUCCUGUUCCAACUUCCGAGCCAGAGAGGAAGCAGCAAUGGCUAUUACCACCUGUUCAGUCACAUCUGAAAGGACGAAAAUGCUUGAUUCUCGAUCUAGAUGAAACACUCGUGCACAGCAGCUUCAAAAUUCUCAAUCAAGCAGAUUUCACAAUCCCAGUGGAGAUCGAAGGUCAAUAUCAUAAUGUCUAUGUUAUCAAGAGGCCUGGCGUUGACCAGUUCAUGAAAAGAGUUGGUGAGCUGUACGAAGUCGUCGUCUUCACAGCCUCGGUCUCCAAGUAUGGCGACCCCUUGCUCGAUCAGCUAGACAUCCAUCAUGUCGUGCAUCAUCGGCUUUUCCGCGAAAGCUGUUAUAACCAUCAGGGCAAUUACGUCAAGGCAAGUACUCGAUCACUUCGAUCCGUACUCGAUCUUUCGCAAGUCGGUCGCGAUCUGAAGGAGACCAUCAUCAUUGACAACUCUCCAACCUCGUACAUCUUCCAUCCACAGCAUGCUGUACCAAUAUCGUCCUGGUUCUCCGAUGCACACGAUAACGAGCUGCUCGAUCUAAUACCUGUAUUGGAGGAUUUGGCCGGAUCGCAGGUGCAGGAUGUUAGCCUUGUGCUUGAUGUUGCAUUAUAA